AUGCCUCUAACCACCCUAAAUCUUGAAAACUCGUCCAAUGACGCGUCUGUGAGACGUGCGUUGACCAGUCUCUCGGCCACUGUCUUCAAGAGCCGCCGCAUCGUUGUUGUCACUGGCGCCGGCAUCUCUUGCUCAUGUGGAAUUCCAGACUUUCGUUCCUCUGACGGACUCUACAACCUCGUGAAACAACAAUACCCAGACGUCGUGCUCAAAGGUCGCGACCUUUUCGACGCGUCACUCUUCAGGGACAAGACAUCUACCGCUGUAUUUUACACAUUCAUCUCUGGUCUCAAAGCCGCCAUCGACAAGGCUGAACCCUCGCCCACGCACCACUUCUUGACGACGCUCGAUAAAAAAGGCAAACUCCUCCGGUCUUACACGCAGAAUAUCGAUGGUCUCGAGGAACGUUCCGGACUCGUAGGCACAGGUUCUCCAUCGAGUGCUGAGGCUGGACCGUCAAAGGGCCCAAAACCAAAAAUUGGCAAAGACGUUAAGAACAUUCAAUUACACGGAGAUAUUCACCGUGUAAGGUGUACUGCCUGCAGUGCUUCAUACCCUUGCUCAGAAGAGCACAUGGAGGCCUUCCAAAAAGGCACCUCGCCCGAAUGUCCAGAAUGCAAACAACGAUGCGACGAUCGUGUAGCGCGUUCCGCCCGCCCUUUGCGAGUCGGUCAUCUUCGACCUGCCAUUGUUCUCUACGACGAAGCGCAUCCUCUUGGGGAUGACAUUGCAACAAUUCAGACUACCGACUUGGGCAAGCGACCGGACCUCUUGAUCAUUAUGGGCACCUCGCUCAAAGUUCACGGUCUAAAGAAGCUUGUCAAAGAGUUUGCCAAGACGGUCAAGCAAGGAAGUACCACAUCGACAGCGACUCCCAAAGUCAUCUUUGUCAACAAGACUGCGCCUGCGGCAGAGUGGUCGAACAUCAUCGAUACGCACGUCGAAGGUACCACGGACGAGUGGGUCGAGCGUGUUACAUCAGACUGGAAGCACUCACGGCCAGCCGAUUGGGAAUCGCAGCUGACGCUUCGCGAGAUCGUAACCGCCAAAGCCGACAAAGCCUCAUCCUCAAAGGUGGCCUCCGACAUCAAACUGGCGAAACCUAGAGCGAAAGUCACCAAGCGUGCAGGUUCCAAUGAGGAGAAUAUUGCGCCACCUCCCAAGGCUAGCAAAACUACAGUGCCCCCACCUCAGGAAACGACCGUUGAAAAGAAAACCGAGUCGUCAAAGAAGUCUACAAAGGUUGUCGACAAGCCCGCUGCGAUCAAAGAUGCGGUUUCGACUCGUAUUUUUGCCUCUGCCACGAGCGUCAAAAACAAGACCAAAAAACCGACAAAAUCUAGCACGUCGGCGGAAAAGGAGGAUGUCCUGCCUGCUUCGACGAAAGGAAAAGAAGUGGUCAAGCGCGCAUCGACGCCUCCGCCUCGUGCGUCCCGUCCAUCCGACCCACCGCUUUCCCCGAGCAAGCGGCAGAACGUUGAAUGCCAUUACAGUGCCUCUGACGAGGAACCGUCUCACCCACGAAAGCGACAGCGAAGCAUGGACGGCCUGGGCGAGAAUUCUCUGCGAAGCCUUUUUGAUCCAAACGAGCUUUCCGCCUGCUAG